GGAGCGCAGAGGCUUGGGGCAGCCGGGCUGCAAGGAGGCCGGGGCGCGGGGGGCGAGUGGAGCCGGCGGCAGCGGCGCUCGGUCAGGAGACGCAUCGGCGAGGCGGACGAACCAGCGGGGUCACCAGCCAGGAGUCUCCGCACUGGAAUUUGAUAUUCAUUUAUCCAGGGUUUACCCUCUUCCUUUUAUUCUGAAACAUUUUUUUUGGAAAAAACCGUAUUCUUUCCCCCUUUUAAUUUAUUUUUGCUUCCCAUUCCCCGCUAAAUCGGGCCGACCGUUUGGGGAGAUUGCUCCUUUACUCCCCCAAAUCACUUCGGAUUUUGGAAACCAGCAGAGAAGAGGUAGCAAGAGCUCCAAAGAGAAGUGGAGGAAGAUAGAGAGACCGGGUCAGAGAGCGCGCGCUGGCCAGCGAGAAACGAGAGGGACAGGGGCAAAGUGAGUGACCUGAUUUUGGGGGUGACCGCCAGAGCGCGGCGCGAGCCCUCCCCCUCAGGAUCCCACGUCGGACCAGCCGCGCUGACGGACAGACAGACAGACACCGCCCCCUGCCCCAGCGCCCACCUCCUCCCCGGCCGGCGGCCGACGGUGGACGCGGCGGCUAGCCGCGGGCAGGAGCCGGAGCCCGCGCCCGGAGGCGGGGUGGAGGGGGUCGGGGCUCGCGGCGUUGCACUGAAACUUUUCGUCCAACUUCUGGGCUGUUCUCGCUCCGGAGGAGCCGUGGUCCGCGCCGGGGCAGCCGAGCCGAGCGGAACCGGGAGAAGUGCUAGCUCGGGCCGGGAGGAGCCGCAGUCCGAGGAGGGGGAGGAGGAAGAAGAGAAGGAAGAGGAGAGGGGGCCGCGGUGGCGACUCGGCUCUCGGAAGCCGGGCUCAUGGACGGGUGACGCGGCUGUGUGCACAGACAGUGCUCCAGCCGCGCGCGCGCCUCAGGCCCUGGCCCGGGCCUCGGCUCCGGGAGGAAGAGGCGCCCGCCUGGGCGCCGAGGAGAGCGGGCCGCCCCGCAGCCCGAGCCGGAGAGGGAGCGCGAGCCGCGCCGGCCCCGGCCGGGCCUCCGAAACCAUGAACUUUCUGCUCUCUUGGGUGCAUUGGAGCCUUGCCUUGCUGCUGUACCUCCACCAUGCCAAGUGGUCCCAGGCUGCACCCAUGGCAGAAGGAGAGCAGAAACCUCACGAAGUGGUGAAGUUCAUGGACGUCUACCAGCGCAGCUACUGCCGUCCAAUUGAGACCCUGGUGGACAUCUUCCAGGAGUACCCCGAUGAGAUCGAGUACAUCUUCAAGCCGUCCUGUGUGCCCCUGAUGCGGUGUGGGGGCUGCUGCAAUGACGAGGGUCUGGAGUGUGUGCCCACCGAAGAGUUCAACAUCACCAUGCAGAUUAUGCGGAUCAAACCUCACCAAGGCCAGCACAUAGGAGAGAUGAGCUUCCUACAGCACAACAAAUGUGAAUGCAGACCAAAGAAAGAUAGAGCAAGGCAAGAAAAAAAAUCAGUUCGAGGAAAGGGAAAGGGGCAAAAAAGAAAGCGCAAGAAAUCCCGGUAUAAAUCCUGGAGCGCUCCCUGUGGGCCUUGCUCAGAGCGGAGAAAGCAUUUGUUUGUACAAGAUCCGCAGACGUGUAAAUGUUCCUGCAAAAACACAGACUCGCGUUGCAAGGCGAGGCAGCUUGAGUUAAACGAACGUACUUGCAGAUGUGACAAGCCAAGGCGGUGAGCUGGGUGGGAGGAAGGAGCCUCCCUCAGGGUUUCGGGAACGAGACGUCUCACCAGGAAAGACUGACAGGAAAGAAUGACCCGUAGCCGCUGCCCCCGCACCACCACCACCAUCAACAGAACAGUCCUGAAUCCAGAAACCUGACAUGAAGGAAGAGGAGGCUGUGCGCAGAGCACUUUGGGUCCGGAGCACAAGACUCCGGCAGAAGCAUUCCCGGGCGGGUGACCCAGCACGGUCCCUCUUGGAAUUGGAUCGCCAUUUUAUUUCUCUUGCUGCUAAAUCACCGAGCCCGGAAGAUUAGAGAGUUUUAUUUCUGGGAUUCCUGUAGACACACCCACCCACAUACAUACGUUUAUAUAUAUAUAUAAAAUAUAUAAAAAUAAAUAUAUAUAUUUUAUAUAUAUAUAUAAAAUAUAUAUAUUCUUUUUUUUUAAGUUAACAUUGCUAAUGUUAUUGGUGUCUUCACUGGAUGUAUUUGACUGCUGUGGACUUGAGUUGGGAGGAGAAUACCCCCACCCAGGUCCUGACAGGGAAGAGGAUGGAAGGAGAGACUCUGGCAUCAUCUUUUUAUCCCUCUUAGGGAAGCCGGGGUCCCCUCACCUGCCUGGGGACGCGCAAGGCCAGGGCACGGGGGCAAAUUUGGCCUGCUUUUGGAAACACCGACAAACCCAGCCCUGGCCCCGAGCCUCUAUCCCGAGUCAAACGGACAGAAAGACAGGCAACAGGUACAGGGCACGAGGACGCUGGCUCUGACCAGGAGUUUGGGGGAGCCUCGGGACACUGCUGUGCUUUGGAGAACCCCUCCACGUGCUGCACGGGCAUCUUGCCCCCAGGGGCACUUGCCUGGAAGAUUCAGGAGUCUGGGCAGCCUUCACCUCCUCUCACCCGCUUCCGAGAUGCCCAGGAGGCCACUGACAUGCCUUGGCGAAGAGAAGAGAGACGUUGGUGGAGGAAGGGCCGCCCAGUGGCAGCUGAUCCUCCGAGGGAAGGGCCUCCUGCCUUGGCCCUCUCCCAGCUUUGCUUCCCCGUCGCAGCCCAGGAGGGCCCGAUGUCCUCAGACCGUUGAAACCACUAGUUCUGUCCCCCCAGGAGACCUGGCUGUGUGUGUGUGUGGUUAACCCACCUCCAUCCCCCAACCCGACCCUCCCUGCGGCACAGAGAGACAGGGCAGGGCCCCGGUGCCCACCCUGGAGGCAGAGAAAAGAGAAGUGUUUUAUAUAUGGUAGUUAUUUAAUAUGCCCUUUUAAUUAGAAAUUAAAACAGUUAAUUUAAUUAAAGAGUAGGGUUUUUUUCAGUAUUCUUGGUUAAUAUUUAAUUUCAACUAUUUAUGAGAUCCAUCUCUUGCUGUCUCGCUCUCUCUUAUUUGUGCUGGUCUUUGUGUAUAAAAUCCCUGUUUCCAAUCUCUCUUGCUCUGGUCGGUGACAGUCACCAGCUUGUCCUGAGCAGAUACUUUGCUUUGCUAACACUCAGUUCUGCCCCCCCCUUUCCCUUGGCUCCCCACCACACAUUCCUUUGAAAUAAGGUUUCAAUAUACAUCUACAUACUAUAUAUAUAUUUGGCAACUUGUGUUUGUGUAUAUAUAUAUAAUAUAUAUAUAUAUAUGUUUAUGUAUAUAUGAUUCUGAUAGACAUUGCUAUUCUGUUUUUUUAUAUGUAAAAACAAAACAAGAAAAAAUAGAGAAUUCUACAUACUAAAUCUCUCUCCUUUUUUAAUUUUAAUAUUUGUUAUCAUUUAUUUAUUGGUGCUACUGUUUAUCCGUAAUAAUUGUGGGGGAAAAAGAUAUUAACAUCACAUCUUUGUCUCUAGUGCAGUUUUUCGAGAUAUUCCGUAGUACAUAUUUAUUUUUAAACAACAACAAAGAAAUACAGAUAUAUCUUAAAAAAAAGCAUUUUGUAUUAAAGAAUUUAAUUCUGAUCUCAAAGCUCCUCCUGGUUUCUCCUUCUCCAUUGAAUCUUUGUUCCAGACUUCCUCCUGCCCCCUUUCCCUCCUCCCAUGGGAAACAUGGCAUUUGCCUGAGGCCUGGGAAAGGGGUUCCAAGCGUGUAGGAUACGGGGUGACCCACCUCAUUGUGCCGGGGGCCAGAGUCUUUCCAUUCUGGCUGGGCCCGUCCUGGGGGAGCUCGUUCAUCUUCUGCCAUCUGUGGAAGUGGGGGAGGGAGAGACAGCUCCUUAGAUAGGAGCCAAGGGCCCUGCGAUGAGUAGAGCUGCCUUCAGGAGUCAUGUGAUCCAGGCAAUGUCCCUUGUCAGGGAAGGAACUGGCCAUGUCUCUGAGCUUGUUUCCCAGAGGACAGGAGGGGGCUGGGAAUGGGAAGGGGGUGCUUGUGUGGGGCCUGUACCCCCAGGGUAUAAAUUAGUUUUACGUAGUAGUCCUGGAGUUCCUUGAGCCUCUGGAAGUUGGGCCCACGGUUCCACUUGCCCCUGAGGGGACUCCCUGCCCUGCCUUGCUGCGUAGGCCCAGCUCUCCUGCAGGCCCGGGGAAGGUGGAAGCUGUCUGGGUCUUUGGCAUUUAUGAACAGUGCUUCCAAAUCCACUUCUCUAGCCUCUUUUAUUCCUUCAAACCAUAUUUAUUGGGCCACCAGCCAUCGUGCCAGGGCAAGGGAUGCCGUUAUGAAUAAGAUACAAUUCCACCCCUCAAGGAUCUGGUGAGGGUGGGCGAGGAGACACAGAACUAUAAAUCCACAAAUAGAAAAAUACAUAAAUUAUGAUGGGGGCAUUUGAUCCAGCUUGGGAGUGGGGAUGGAUUGCGGGUGGUGGAGUCUGGGAGGUCUGCUCAUUAUAUUACCUUUAGGCUGCCCCUUAAAGAGUGUGAAGGAGGAGACAGAACAUGGAGGGGCGGGUGGAAGGGUUGAAGCCGACAUCCCAGGCAGAAGGGGCAGUGUGAGCAAAGGCAUGGAGGGAGGACUCAGGCAGGGGAGUGGGUGAGGGGAUGAAGGUGGGAGAGAGAGGCAGGAAUAGCCCUUGCCUGCCGCACCCAUGGUGCCAAGAGCCUAUGACCUGGGGAUGAGCAGCACGUGAGGGGUUUUAAACAGGGAGCACCUCUGCAGGGAGGUGGUUGUAAUCCUCCCGUGGGAGACACCCCGAGGAGGGUAGAGGUGACUUCGGUGGCUGAUCAGGGAGGGCACCCCCUGCCUCUCCUGGCCACACUGGGUGGGGGGGGACUAGGGAGGCGAGGUUCCUGCCGUCGUGCAGCUUUGGUUCUAGUUAAGUGCUCAUUUUCCAAGCGCUUUCCACCUGUGGCUCUUCCGCUGGUUAACACAAUCCACAAGACCUGUGAGGUCGGGGCUCUUGUCAUCCCAAGGGGAUAUUUGCCUGAGCCUCCAACUGGCCUUCCAGAUUCUUCUCUCUCCUGCAUUCUCAUCAGCCAGAGUGAGCCUGUUAAAAUGUGAGCUGAAUCAUAUUACCUUUUGGCUCAAAACCCUGCAGACUCCGUUUUAUUCGGCGAAAGAAGCCAAAGUCCAUACAAUGGCCUUAAAAGGCCCUGCACCAUCUGUGUUGCCUUGAUCUCCCCAACUCAAUGACCUCUGACCCCACCUUGACCACUCAGCUCCAGCCACACUGGCUUCUCUGUUCCUCGCGGGUGCGCUCCCACCUCAGGGCCUUUGCAUGUGCGGUCCUCUCUUCCUAGAGUCCUCUUCCCCCAGGUGUGGCAUGCGUGGCUCUCUCACCUUUAAGUUUUGUUACCAUCUCAGCAAGGCUGCUUGACUAUAUUGCAUCUACAAUCAACACCCUGCACUCGGGCUCCUCUGCACUCGGGGUCCUCUUUUCACCAUCCUUCUUUUUUUCCCAUAGCACAUGCCACCAUCUAACAUACUCUAGAACAGGUCUGUCCAAUAGAACUAUGAUGUGAAUGAACCAUGUAUGUAGUUUAAAGUGUUCUCUGAGCCAGAUGUUGAAAGGUAAAAAGAAACAGGUGAUGUUUAAUUUAAUCAUAUAUUUUACUUAACCCCAACAUAUCUAAAAUAUCAUCGAAUCAAUAUAAAAAUGAUUAAUGAGAGAUUUUAUGUUUUUCGGUAUUAAGUCUUCGAAUCUGAUGUGUAUUUUGCUUUUAUCAAACUUCUCAAUUGGGAGUAGCAACAUGUCAAGUAUGCAGUAUACAUAUGAGGCUGGUGCCUACCGUUUUGGACAGUGUUGCUUUAAAAUUUACCCCUCCUCUUAUUUCCCCCACUACUAGAAUGCAAGCAAUGUGAGGGCAGAGAUUUUUAUCUGUUUUGUUCAAUGUUGUACAUUGUAUCUCCAGCUCCUAGAACGUGCCUGGGACAUGCUCAAUAAACAUUUGUUAUCUGACUGACAUUGUUGAAACUGAA